AUGGAUCGCCGUGUGCUUUGUGAUAGCUUGAUCAAAUGGAUGAAAACGUUUGAUCUGCAUCGAGGAAUAACUGGUGCUGGCGAUCUUUCUGAUGGUGUUCUGAUAGCUCAAUGUUUGAAAAACAUUGAUACUAAUCAUUUCAAUGACGCUUGGCUACAAAAGAUUCGAACAGAUGCUGUAGAUAAUUAUCGCAUAAAAGCGAAUAAUCUGAAAAAGAUUCUGAAGAAUAUCACGGAUUAUUAUUCAGAAGUUAUUGGCCAAUCUUUGACUGAUUUUCAGAUGCCCGAUUUGAAUAUGAUUGCGGAGAGUACAGAUGAAACUGAACUCAGCCGACUCUUACAACUUGUUCUCGGUUGUGCUGUUAACUGUGAUCGUAAACAAGUUUAUAUUGAACAUAUAAUGUUACUCGAAGAAUCUGUCCAACACGUGUUAAUGAAUGCGAUUCAAGAAAUAAUGGUAAAAGAAAAUCGGAAAAUCAAUGAAGAAUAUGCUGAAUUAGGAGAUCAGUUAAAACAUGCGCUCGAAGAAUUGAAUCGAGUUGUCGAAACUAAAGAGGAAAUCGAACACCGUUGUCGUGAACUUGAUUUACAAAUCACAGCACUUCAAGAUGACAAACUUGGUUUAAUACAAGAAACCGCACGUUUGAACGAACGUAUUCAACAAUAUGAAAAUGUCGAAGAUGCCGAAUCAAUUCCAAGAAGUCGGUAUAAAUCAUUACAAGACAAGAUUCACUCCCAACAAGAAGAACUCUUCAAACUUGAAACAACUUUACAAGAUUAUCGAGCAAAACUCAAUGUGUUAAGUGAAGAGAACGAAAACCUUCUGAAACGAAAUGAUGAUCUCAUGGUGCUUGCAGGUGAUGCGCGGAAUUUUAAAGACGAAUUAGAUAUACUUCGAAAUAAGUGUGAAAAAAUGACUAAAUUGGAAUCAAUGAUCGAAGCGUACAAGCUCAAAUUAGAAGAAAUGUCAGAUCUACGACAACAAAUCAAAUUCUUAGAAGAAACAAACCUUCGUCUAUUCGAUGAAAAGUCCAAUAUCGAACAAGAAUGUAAACAAGCGAAGUUAUUGCAGACACAAGUGGAAUUCCAGAAACGAACAAAUCAAGAAUUAUAUCAGAAAAUCAGCGAAUUACAACGUACAGCUGAUAAAGCUGAAUUUGAAAGAAAUCGAGCCGAAGAACGUUUGACUGCAGCUAAUGCGGAGAAGAUUAAUUUAACGAAUGAAAUUGAAUUGCUCAGAGAAACGAAUGAACGACUGCGUGGAGUUAAUCUGGAUGAAGCGAAUGGAACAUCAACUACGAAAGUUCAACUAACUGGAUCACUGGAAGAUUUGAAUUUUCUGAAUUUGCCUGCAGAUGUCAGGGAACGCUUCAUUCAUCUUCAACACGAGAACAAAAUGCUCAAAUUACGUCAAGUAGAAGAGACAAACAACGAACAGGUUUUAAUACUUCAAGCAAGUUGUGAACAACUAAGAGAUCAAAAUAAUCAAUUAACGAAUGAUUUAUGGAUGGCGAAUAGAAAGAUUCUAGAAUUAGAAUCCACGCUCAAAGAUACUACAUCUCUAACCGAGAAUAGUACCGAAGUAACAGAUUUGAAAAAGUCUUUGAAUCGAGCAAUGACUCGACACGAAGAAGAAUCGAGCCGAGCAAAAACUCAAAUUGAAGAAUUACAGAAACAAUUAGAACAGUUCGAAAACAAACUAGCAGAAAAAGACACGAUUAUCGCAACAAAAACUGCUGAAAUCAAUGCGAUGGAAGAACGUUACGUUCAAUAUUUAGAAAAAGCUAAAAUGGUCUUACGCCAAAUGGAUCCACGUAAUAGUAAUUCGAUCAGUCAUCAGGAAAUUCAAAUGUUACGAAAACAACUCGAGGAGAGAGAACGACGAAUCAAAGAUUUCGAAAUAGAUUUUGAAAAAAUGAAAACAAUCAGAGAAGACCAAGAGAAACUUUUAAUCAGUGCUUGGUAUUCUAUGGGUAGCACAGUUCAACGAUGUGAAUUUGAAGAACGUCUGAAGUCUCAUGAAAAUCAAUCAUUUCUUUCCAAGCAACGUACACUUCCCUCAACACGUAAACAGUUACCUUCUGAUCCGUCUAAUUCUUCAACAAAUGGAAACACUAACAGUAAUUCAAAACGAUAG